GCCUUAUUCAGAGGGAAACCGUUCAGGUUGUGCUUGCGUAGCUGUGCCAAGAUUAAUCUUGCCAGAAGAUGCAACGGAACCGAAAACCGGGAUCAAGUUCCCUACUCUCCUUGAGGACAAUUCCAAUCUGAGUACGGAGACAUACAACCGGAUUCUAUUUGCAAGAAGCUGGGUCCAAAAUAUGCUUGUAUUCCAGAUGCUGAACUGAAGGAUCACCCAGAUUUCUAUGAAGAUCUUCUAAGGGAAAAUAUCGAUAUGACAGUCAGGCUAGUAGUAAGCUACAAUGGCCUGAGCAUUGGGACAGUUCGAGAUGCAUUUGAGAGGUCUCUUGGCUUCCGGUUGCAAAAGAUGAAUCCGAAUACUGAUUACCAAUGCCUGAAGAAAUUUGGUUCUUAUUUUAGUGAAGACAUUCGUAUACCUGCUGGUACUAAGAUCGACUUCCGGCAAACAUCUGAUGGCCAGCUAAUAACUGAAAUUGAUGGCAAACAAAUUGGCACUGUCCAGAGCAAAGAUCUAUGCAGAGCUUUCUUCGAUAUGUAUAUUGGUGAUCCCCCUGUUUCAGUGGAGACCAAACAAGACAUUGCGCAAAAUGUGGCUGGACUCAUAAGACGAUGCUAGGAGAACAGGGCAACUUAAUCAAAAAGAACUUGGAAUUGUUUCAUCCAUCUACACAAGGAAAGAAGAGAUAUAUAUAUAUAGAAAGGAAGCCAGGAGAGGAUCGACUGUAUUUAUAGCUGAUAGACAUGCAACUUGUAAACUAAACAUGCAAAAACUUGCAACAACCUCAGAGGCCUAGCGUCCAUCUAGGCAAAUGCCGCCAUGCUUUUCAUAUGGCUUGGCAAUUGCCAUUUCUUGGCUACUACUGUAAUGUUCAAGUGAAUGAUACAGUUAGAACUUAGAAGUCGUACAACAACCGAAUGUUUCUUUAACCCCAUCAAAAGUGAAGGGACCCAGCUUGGUUUCUCUAGAUUGAUUGUUCUAUUGUUCGUGUAUGUUGACACCCAUAGAGGUGACUAGGGUUCUUGUGCCUGCACGUCUGCUCUGACUGGAAGCUGAGAACAGCAAGCUAGCUGCAAGGGAAUUUCAGCAAGUUAACUGCAAGAAAAUUUCCUUAACUUGUAGCCGUGGUAUCCUUUGUCGAGGCUCGAAUCGAACCUUGGGGAGUACUAUCGUGCGACGUCGCUCUUUUUUUUUGUUGCUCGUCGUUUAUGCGGUAGUAGUGCGAUGAAGAAGCUGCUCGAGAGAUUCCUUAAUUUCCAUUGAAUUUAUUUUCCCGGUUCAUUUCAAACGUAUUUUGACAUGCGAAAGGUGUUCUGGCAAAUUUAGCGUGUACGAACUACCACAUUGAUUAGGAGUUCAUCUCAUUUUGGCAACUUGAUAGCAUGCAAAGAGAGGUUCUAAUACUGCAUUAACCUUUAUUUCAAAAAAAAAUACUGCAUCAACCAUCAAGAUGGAAGAACAAAGGUCGCCUUGCCUGAACCACAUCAGGAUUCAGGCGAAACCAUCGCAGCUGGCUUCUGCCAAAGGAGCAUACGCCUCGUCAGUUGCAGUUGCAAGACCCACUACGUCCAUGACAGGCUGACCUCUGGAGACGGAGCAUUCUGGGCCGAACACUUCGCAACCGCGCCUCCCUGCCUCCUGAAUCCAAGCGCGUCCCUUCCUUUUCCCUCGCCUCCCAGUUCGUGCUCCCAUAUCCCCGCCGCGCCCGGCCUCUCGCGUCGUUCGCCAUGCGCGCACUCAAGCACGGCACCAUGCGCGCCCACGUCGCCCUGGCCCUCGCGGCGCUGGUGCUCGCCGGCGACGCCCUGCAGCCGGCGCUGGCCGCCGGCGGGUUCAACUACCACGACGCCCUCACCAAGUCCAUCAUAUUCCUCGAGGCGCAGCGCUCCGGGAAGCUGCCGCCCAACAACCGCGUCAAGUGGCGCGGCGACUCCGGCCUCGAAGACGGCAAGCUCGCCAAUGUGGAUCUCACCGGUGGAUACUACGACGCCGGCGACAACGUCAAGUACGGGCUCCCGCUCGCCUUCACGGUGACGACGCUCGCGUGGACGGCGCUGGCGUUCAAGCCCGAGCUGGAGUCGGCCAAGGAGAUGGACCACGUGAACGAGGCCCUCAGGUGGGGCACCGACUACUUGCUCAAGUGCGCCGCGAGGAAGAAGAAGCUGUGGGUGCAGGUCGGUGACCCCAACCUGGACCACCAGUGCUGGGUGCGUCCGGAGAACAUGAAGGCGCCGCGGACGCUGUACGAGAUCGACGAGAAGACGCCCGGGACGGAGAUCGCCGCCGAGACCGCCGCCGCCUUCGCCGCCGCCUCCAUGGUGUUCCGCAACGACAAGAAGUAUUCUCGCGCACUCCUCAACAAGGCCAAGCUGCUGUUCCUGCUCGCCAAGAGCCACCAGGGCAGCUACGACGGCGAGUGCCCCUUCUACUGCUCCUACUCCGGCUACAACGACGAGCUGCUGUGGGCCGCCACGUGGCUGUACCUGGCGACGAAGCGGCAGCUGUACGCCGACUACAUCUCCCACGAGGCCAUCUCGUCGAGCGUGGCCGAGUUCAGCUGGGACCUCAAGUUCCCCGGCGCGCAGGUCCUGCUGGCGGAGUUCAACUUGACCUCCGGCGGCGGCGCGCAGACCUUCAAGACCCAGGCCGACAACUUCGUGUGCGCGGUGCUCCCGGACACGGCGUUCCACCAGGUGUUCAUCACCCCCGGCGGCGUGAUCCACCUCCGCGACGGCGCCAACACGCAGUACGUGACCAGCACGGCCUUCCUCUUCAUCGUCUACAGCGACCUGCUGCUGCGCACGGGGCAGAGCGUGCUGUGCGGGAGCCAGCCCAUCCGGCCGGAGCGCCUCCGCGAGUUCGCCCGGCAGCAGAUGGACUACCUGCUGGGCGCCAACCCGCGCGGGAGCUCCUACGUCGUGGGCUUCGGCGCCAACCCGCCGACGCAGCCGCACCACCGGGGGGCCUCCACCCCGGUGCUCCCGCCCGGGUACGACGUCAACUGCGGGCUCAGCUUCGGGGAGUGGUUCGCGCCCGACCGGCCCAACCCCAACGAGCUCACCGGCGCCAUCAUGGGCGGGCCCGACAAGGACGACAAGUUCGUGGACAAGCGCGCCAACUCCUCCUACACCGAGCCCUGCACCUACAUCAACUCCCUCGCCAUCGGCCCGCUCGCCGCGCUCGCCGUGCGCGGCGCGCAGCUCGUCGCCACGCACUGACUGACUGAUCCGUCGCCAGAUGUUCUGUCAGAUUCAGAUUCAGAUUCAGGCUGCGCUGCUCUGCUCAUCGAUGGAUCGAUCGAUCGCCCCAUUUCGUUUCGCGCUGUUGCUUUGUAAUACCAUCAUGCAUCUCCCCUGUACGACGUACGUGUUGAGCUGAAGAUCGCUGAAAUGAACAGAAACUCUACAUGACUUUUUUAGAAUCCAACUCG